CGACGAUAACCAUUAUUUACGAAUUUUCCUUAUUUCACACAUUUAAAAGUUGCCUAGACCUAUCGUGCCGAAAACAAAUCAGAGAAUAAAAAUGGUUCACUCAGCCGACUGUAAUGAACGAUGUGCAGAUUAUGGCCCUAACCUUCACGUUUGUUACGAUAAUAUAAUCACGCCCAAUUACGUUGGCAACACAUAUCAAGGAUUUUCCGUGGAUGGUACACCUGUUGCAGUCAAAACAAUAUUCAAAUGCGAAGAGACUGAACAAUAUUUUCACAAAGAGACAUUUCGAUAUUUGAUGACAAACUCCAAAUUUAAUCGAAAUGAAAAUUUGGUUCAUUAUUUCGAUAUGGACGAAACUGUUAAAUCACGCUUCGUUGUGAUGGAACGAUACGAUACUGACUUGAGGGACAUGCAAACUGAGAAAUUCGGCAAAAGUGACAGAUUAGAUUUUAUAAAGAAUGUCUGUCAAGCCAUACACAUUUUUCAUUCCGAAUUUAAUAUUGUUCACGGGAAAAUCAAUCCGAAUAAUGUGGUUCUGUGCAACAAUCGAAACGGCAGUUAUACCGCCAAGUUGGCCGACUUUGGCAUUAGUACAGCAUUUUCGGAUAAUUGUACAAUAAUUACUAAUGGAACACAAAACGAUGAGUGGAUGUCGCCAAGAUUUUUAAGAGCGAUCGACUGUGGAGACACGAAAUACAAAACAACUACCGCUGACGAUAUUUUCAGUUUGGGAAUGCUGAUCUAUUACAUUUACACAAACGGAAAGCGUCCGUUUCGCAGUCCUUCACGUCGAAUCCAUGGCAUCAUACACAACCAGAUAAAAUUUGAUGACUGUAUGGAAGAGAAUUUCGCAUUUGAGAACUUAAUGCGCGCUAUGACUCACAACAACCCUAUGGAACGACCGAAUAUCCAGCAAGUUAUUAAUCAUCCGUUCUUCUGGUCAUACGAGUUCAAUUUUCAUUUCAUUAGAGACGUGUAUAGUAGACUAGGUGCUGUCGGUAAUUUUCGGAACAAUCUUGAAUCGCGUUUCGAUAUUAUGAAUGAUUUCAGUGGCGGUUGGAAUAUAGCCUUGGAUCCAGAGUGGAUUACCUACUUACAGACGCAAAGUUCAGCCGAUAUGACCUUAAGACCGUACACACCUACAAGUUUCGUUAGUUUAACACAUUGUAAAUAAUUGCGGCUCGUCAACUUUCGGCAUCCUGGGAUCUACUUAAAUAGUAAUGAAAUACCUCCAAAAAAAUUUCUAAAAAUCAAAAAUUGAAUGCUAGAUUUUUAGAAAUUUAUUUGGAGGUAUUUCAUUACUAUUUAAGUAGAUCCCAGGGUGCCGAAAGUUGACGAGUCGCAAUUAUAUUCAAUGUGUU